AUGAUCAGGAGAGGCUAUCUGACACAAUAUAAAGCCCGACAGAACAACAACAACCAACAGAAUAGCAAUUGGCAAAGCAAUAACACAAACAACAGAUUACCAUCCACCCAAACACCGCUCCGAAUAGAGCAGAAAGCACCAGAAACCAGUCGGAAUGGGGAGGCUAGAAACAGUGGCCAGAAGGGGCCGACAGUAUGGGUCAUAUCUGGAGGACCGUGCCAUGGAGGAACAAUCAGUGGAGCCGGCAGAAGUCUGGGCGAACACCGCCACCUGGUAAACUACCACAGCACCAUAAAAUGGCCGGCAACCCAAGUCAUGCCAAAUAUUUCAUUCACCCCAGACGACUGUCGCGGAAUUAUAUACCCUCACGACGAUCCACUGGUUUUGGGCCUCGAAAUAGCAAACUUCCCAGUGAAACGAAUACUGGUGGAUGGAGGGAGUUCAGCGAACAUUAUCUUUUGGGAAGCCUUCGUUCAGCUGAAAAUAGACGAGACAGAACUCACACGAGUCAACUAUCCUGUGAUAGGAUUCUCCGGAGCCACAGUCUUCCCGGAAGGUAGCAUCAGGCUACCAGUGCAGAUUGGAGAAGGUAGAGCCGCAAGGGACCUAAUGGUAGACUUCUUAGUAAUCAAAGUGCCUGCUGCAUACAACGUAAUAGUGGGCCGGCCAUUCAUCCACGAUGCACAAGCAGUGGUAUCAACAUACCAUCUAACUAUGAUAUACAUGUCUAACUUUGAGAAGGCUGAAAGAAUCCGAGGCAGUCAAGAUUCAGCAAGAUCAUUCUACUUGACGGCAUUAAAAACACCAGGCCGACUGACCCCAUCUAGGAAUAUAGCGAGAGAGGCAGCAAUGAAAAGACCGGCAAAGGGUCAAGCCCCAAGAUUGGGGGGCGAGUCAUCUCUUUUGCCCAAGAAGGAGAAAAGGCAGAAAAGGGAGUCACCCACAAUCGAAAGCAUCGAAAAGGGGACUUCUCUACCUAGGGUAGAGGCCGGAGGAAGGUCAGAAGAAGUCGAGCUGGUAGAAGGAGAAACUGGCAGAACAGUAAAAUUAGGAACCGACAUUGACCCCCAGUUGCGGGUAAACAUGAUCGGUCUGUUGAGAGAACAUGCGGAUGUGUUCGCAUUUUCCGCAGACGAAAUGCCCGGUAUAAGCUCGGAGGUAAUCGAGCACCGACUGAAUGUCGACAGAGCAGUCAGGCCGGUAAAGCAAAAGAAAAGAAACUUCUCAACAGAAAAAAAUCAAGCAAUACAGGAAGAGGUAGAAAAGUUGUUGGCAGCAGGAUUUAUUGAACCAUGCGACUACCCAGAGUGGUUGGCCAACGUCGUAAUGGUUAAGAAGUCAAACGGCUCGUGGAGAAUGUGCGUAGAUUUCACAAACCUUAAUAGAGCAUGCCCAAAAGACUGCUACCCACUGCCAAGAAUCGACAGGCUAGUCGACUCCACAUCUGGCCACGCGCUGCUCAGUUUCCUUGACGCAUUCUCCGGGUACCACCAAGUCAGCCUCGCAAAGGCCAACAGGAAAAAAGCAGCAUUCAUCACUGAGGGGGGAGUAUUCUGUUACAAGGCUAUGCCGUUUGGGUUAAAGAACGCUGGGGCAACGUACCAAAAACUGGUCGACAGAGUGUUCGCAAACCAAAAAGGCCGCAACAUUGAAGUAUACGUCGACGACUCCAUAGUGAAAAGCAAAUUGGAGACCGAUCAUUUAGAUGACCUCAGGGAAACGUUUGAAACUCUGCGCCGUUACCAAAUGAAACUAAACCCCAAGAAAUGUGUGUUCGGAGUGAAAUCGGGGAAAUUCUUGGGUUUCCUUGUCAGCGAGAGAGGCAUAGACGCAAACCCAGAUAAGGUAGAAGCGAUACUCAGUCUGCCUCAACCAAAAAGCAUCAAAGAUGUACAAAGGCUGACAGGAAGAAUGGCGGCUCUGACAAGAUUUGUUAGCAAAUCAGCCGACAGGUCGAUUCCAUUUUUUAACACUCUUAAGCAGAAUGGAAAACUCCGGUGGGGGGAAACCGAGGAAAGGGCCUUCGAGAAGGUAAAAGAACAUCUUCGUGCUUUACCGACGAUAGCCAGGCCGGAAGAGGGCGACAAGCUACAAUUAUAUGUGUCCGCUUCAGCCCAAACCGUUGCUGCCGUACUAAUCAGUGAAAAAGACAAAGUCCAGCAGCCGAUAUACUUUGUCAGCCACAUUUUGAAUCCGGCAGAAGCAAGAUACUCGCUGAUAGAGAAAGUGGCCUAUGCAGUCCUGAUAGCCGCCAGAAAGCUCAGACCAUAUUUUGACGCACAUACCAUACAAAUUCUGACGAACUUUCCACUAGAGAAGGCUUUGCAAAAAAUGGAUACAGCCGGCAGACUGUUGCGAUGGGCAAUAGAGCUGUCGGAGUACGAUCUUGAGUUUCACCCGCGCAAUGCAAUAAAAGCACAAGCUUUGGCUGACUUCGUAGUUGAAGCAUCCUAUCAAGAAGAGGAAACCAAAGCAGAAUCCUGGAAAGUAUCAGUAGACGGUUCAGCCGCUCAGUCGGGAGCGGGAGCCGGCGUUGUCAUGAUCUCUCCGACAGGAGAUAAGUUCGAAUACGCAAUCAGAUUCACUUUCGCAGCUUCGAACAACGAAGCAGAAUAUGAAGCAGCCAUUGCAGGGGUACAACUAUGCUUGUUGGCAGAUGCCAAGAGGAUAGUAAUGACAACGGAUUCUCAGUUGGUGGCAAAUCAGUUUUCGGGAGAGUAUGAAACAAAAGAGCCGUCAAUGCGGCGGUAUCAAGAAAAACUGAAGACGCUGACAGCGAAGUUAGAAGCUUUUGACAUCGAAUUGGUCCCCAGAGCGUUGAACACUGCCGCAGACAGCCUAGCAAAACUGGCCAGUUCGAAAACAAUCGAGCUCAGUCGAUCAGUAAUGAUAGAAAUCAUGCACAGAAGGAGUACGGAGGAAAAAGGAAAGGAAAUAAUGGCCAUCACGGCAAACAAAGAGUGGUACGAUGAUAUCUGGGCGUACAAGACGACUGGAGUUCUCCCGGCCGAUAUCAGGGAGGCAAAGAAAAUCAAAAAAGACAUCUGCUGGUACGUCAUAUAUCAGGGGCAAAUCUAUAAAAGAGCCUUCAGCCUCCCCCUGCUGCGGUGUUUGACGGCAUACGAAUCCGCAAGGUUAAUCGAAGAAAUGCAUGAAGGAAUAUGCGGAAACCAUGUAGGAGGAAAAACACUUGCUUUGAUCUGCCAAAGACAAGAUUACUACUGGCCAACCAUGCUGGAGGACGCACAGAGCUACGUCAAGAAAUGCGAAAAAUGCCAGCUAUUUGCCCCAGUAAUACGUAUGCCAGCAAACGACUUGAUGCCCAUUUUGAAUCCAAUCCCAUUCGCCCAGUGGGGAAUGGAUAUCGUGGGACCCUUCACAACAGCCUCAGGAGGCAGGAAGUUCUUGAUUGUUGCCGUCGAUUACUUCACAAAAUGGAUUGAGGCCGAGCCGGUAGCAAAAAUAACAGCCAACCAGGUACGGAAGUUCAUCUGGAAAAACAUCAUAACAAGAUUUGGAAUACCGACAGCAAUAGUAUUCGACCACGGAUGCCAGUUCGACUGCGAACCUAUACGAGCAUUCUUGGCAGACUACCGGAUCAAAUUCGCAUAUGCCUCAGUCUGCCACCCGCAGAGCAACGGGCAAGCCGAGGCUGCAAACAAACAAAUACUCGUAGCCCUUAAGAAAAAGUUGGAUGAGUUCAAGGGCAAGUGGGCAGACACAGUCCCAGAGGUUCUAUGGGGUAACAGAACGACGGUUAAAGAAGCAACAGGAGAGAGUCCUUUCAAACUGUGUUUCGGAUCAGAAGCAGUCAUACCGGCUGAAGUAGCACUACCCACCUUUCGCAUCCAGCAUUAUGAAGAGUUUUUUUAUUCUACACACUUAAUUUGA